GGGUGGGGGGGGUGCACCCGGCUACUGCUCUGAGUAACGAUGCUGUCCUGAGACGGGUGUGCGCGGCGUUUUCGGUGGCUUUUGCUCCUCGCUGCCAUGGCAGCAGCUCUGCCGGUGUUUUACCACGGCGCCAUCACCAGGACCGAGUGUGAGGACCUGCUGGGGAAGAAGAACAAGGACGGAGCCUACCUGAUCCGGGACAGCGAGACCAUCCAGGGGGCAAUGUGUCUGUGUGUCUAUAAACAGAGGGUGGUGUAUACCUACAGACUGCUGCAGACACACAAUGGAAACUAUACUCUCAUGACAGCGGGAGGAUCGAAUGAGAUGUUUUUCAAGAAUCUGGACGAUCUGGUCCGUCACUAUAAGAGGAAGAACCGGGGUCUGGCCAUGCACCUUCGCCACUCUGUCAAAAGGAAGACGGCCAUGUUGAUCCGGUCCCCAAAAAGUCCUGAUCCGCCUGAUCCAUCUGAUCCACCUGAGGAACAGGGGAGGCAGACGCCGGUACCCGAAGAAGAACAUGACUAUGAGAAUGCUCCUGACCUUUCAGAAUACGUUGAAGUUUUGCCUUCUUGAACAACUUUGACACUUCAAACCCAUUCGGAGAGUAUAAAAGACAUUUUGUCUGGACUAUGGGUACGGUGGAAGAGGGCUCUUCAUCUGCUCGUGUCCCUGUGAUUAUGAGGGGAGAGGUUGGUCGCUCAGACCGAAGUAUCUCUCUAUAUGUAAGAUAACUGUUGGAUGGAUUACCAUGACAUCUGGUUCAGACUUUCAUGAUCCCCAGAGGAUGAACUGUAAUCACUUUGUUGAUAAUUUACCUUUUCAUCUAGUUACAUAAUCUACUCUGAUUUUGCUCAUCAUGCAUGUUUUGACUGUAUGCGAACGGCCUGUUAUAUAAGAUUGUUGUCAUUUUAAAACAGUGUUUUAAAAUGACAACAUAUUAGUUUGGAUGUAGCCCUUAAGCUACACCUCAAAGGUCAGUUUUGUUUCGUUUGGCGUCACUCAUGGCCACAAUUGCAGGUGUGUUUCUGUGUUAGCGUUCAGCUUGUGUUGAUUUCGGUGAAGCACCACUCACCCUCAGCGCUGCCUCACAGGGCUGCAGACUCUUGUCCUAGCGAUGAAUAAUAUCUUGUUUUUCUGCUGCUGCUUUGCGGCUCUACAUGUACGUGGGAGCUAUUUCUGAAGAUGAAGCUGAACAGCAUUAAUGUAAUAUAUGUACGCCUGGAGUUUGACACCUAACCUUAAAGGUGCCCUGACACAUAAAACAGUUUUUACCUGUAUUUUUUAAAAUAUGUUAAGGUCCAGAUGUGUGUGUGUUAUGUGGUGAAUGAGAAGAUGAACCGCUACCUCCUCUGUCAGCUCUAGCCACUGGACAGAAAUGAGAGGAGAAAUCAGAUCAAUCACAACAGCUGGUCAGUCUGACCUCAUGCUGCCCGAGCUCAUUACUAUUCAUGAGCUGGGUA